GCGACUGGUUGGAGCUACCGUCUCAAGACCCAUCGAGGAGUACCAUACCGAAUUCCCAGAGUAUUGGAGAUUUUUUGGAGUGACGCCUCCCGUGCGGUUUGUUUUGCUACGGACUUUCCACCAGAGCGGAAACAAUUUCGGUGUGAAAAUUUGCAUAAAAUUACCCCCGCGACGUCGACAAAGAAACGAAAAAGUUGAGGAAACCGAUUUAAAGCCUUUCGGGCAGUUUUCAAGCUUGCAAAGUGCGUGCGAAACUCGUCGGGUCUUGUGAAUUUAUAUAACACCCGAAAAAAAAACCACUUCCUCGGGGGUUUGGCUCAGUCUCGGCAAAUCCCAAAACUCGAUAAAUCCCGACUCCAAAAUGCAGCCCCUGAAGCGCUUCACACAAUGCGGCAGCCUGACCAUGCUCUUCGGCAUCUUCAUCAUCCUCUUCGGGGUCAGUUCCACGGCACUAACCACUUUUGGCAAGACCAACAACCAGCCGCCGCCAACGCACGUUCCCAUUGUCAAAGGACGCGAGUGCAGUGCCCACGAUGACUGCACGGCAAUAGAUCGGACCAGCUGCGUCAAGGAUCCCAGUGACUACAAGUUGCGUUGUCUCUGCGGCGAUGACUCCGCUCCUUCGGCUGGCAACUGCCCGGAUGUCCUUAAAGGCCUGCGUCACAAGUGCAACAGCAACAACGACUGCGAGGACGGGAUGGUGUGCCAGUUCGAGAAUAGCAACCGCACCAUCGGAGUGGCCAAGUUCAUGUCCAGCAAGACCAAACUGUGCCUCUGCGACAAUGACAACGGAUAUGUGGAGGACAUCCUGCACGACAUCUGCAGUGGCGCCAAUUUGCAAGGAUUAGUGAGCUUCUUGGUCUCGAUCUGUUCGCUUCUGGCGCCCUUUUUGGUAUCCGCCCACAUGCGAAAGCAUUUCUAGAAGGCGACCGAAGGAGCUGGAAGUCGUAGUUUGGCGUUUAUCUCCCCUAGUGAUCCAUCAAAUGUGCCUCAGUGAAACCAACAGAAACAAAAACUCAUCGCCCCCUCCCCCUUCCCCAUCACAUAUGAACACAAAAUGUACACUUCGAAAAACAAAAGAAAGUUAGAUAAAUACCGUUCAGUCGCCAUUAGCCUAAAGGUCGUUCUAUUGUAUAAGUUUCAUAUGUACCACCGUCAAAUUUAUUCGCUUCUCACUAAAAGUUGCGUUAUAUACAAUAUACAUAAUAAAUAUAUUAUCUGAUAAAUGUUUUCUAUAUAGAUCCCCUAUCGACCUUAGUCAGUACUCUCUACACUAGUCAACCAGAAGAAACUUUAAAGUAAAUGUUUGGCACCAUUUUAAUGUAAUUUUAUAUGUGUGUACGUGUGUCCAAGAAUAGCCAGGAAAACCUACAAAUUAUCUAAGGAUAGGCAACUUUAUUGCAGCACUGUGAAUUCAGAUCGCUUACAUCGCAAUUACAAAUGUGAAACAUUUUAGUUUUUGUAUGUAUUCCAGAUAAAUAGCUUUACAAGCUCACAGCCCACAAUCAACGAAAUUAUAUAAAUAAUCGUACAAAAAAUCUAUUCAUACGUGAACAAAUUUUUGAGGCUGCUGCAACAUCGAUUUCAUCUCAAAGUUGCAAGGCCAGUUAAGAACUUUCCCAUUAAAACCGUUUUCUUCGUAGCUGUUAUCUAUCGUACUAUUUAAUAAAAACCUUUUA